CCUCCCAUCUCUUCCUCUCUCUCUCCGAGCAUUUCUUCCCUCCGCAGCGCUGCUUCAGUCUGCUCAGCCGUGCAGUGGUCUGAGUCCCAGCUCCCUUUUUUUCCUCUCUCAUUUGAUUAGGUUGGAUUUCUUAUGUAAUGAAGAUUUUUAUAUAACAAUGCCUUGAAAAUAUAUGUCACAGGCGCACCACAGGCAAUGCAGUGCAGAGCGUUUGUUAGUCACUGAGGCACACACUCACACAGACACAGAGGCGUGCACACACUCUCUCUGUAGCUCCAGCAGAGAUCUGCCUGCUUUGGCGAUGCUGAGUCUGACUGAUAACGAUGCAGUUCUGCAGAAAGGUGCUCUGCCAGCCGUGUAGUGCCAGAGUCACUUCACCAGAGGAGGACAUGGAAUACAAGAUGGGGAGCUGCAUCGGAAUCUCACACAGCCAGGCUGAAGCUCACGCUGAGAGCUUGACCCAGAGGGACGACAGAGCGCUGCUGACUGCUGACACCUCGACCAGCCAGCAGACUCUGUCGACACAACCGGUUCUCCCAGAUGUGCCAGUCAUCACGGGAGUGGAGGAGAGCAAAGGUGCAGCUGGAGACCAGGAGGACAAGGAGGAGCUUGAGUUUCCCCAUGACCUGCUGCCCAGUCUAGACUUCAGCAGUGAGCUCAACAUCUGGGAGUCCUCGCUAGGAGCUAAGACUAGCUCAGGUGAGAGGAAAUGUGAGCAGGUGAACCCCCUGCUGGCGGGCCUGCAGCAUCACAUGGAAGUCGGUCGGCCACUGGUGGUCCUAGAGACAAGGCCUCAUGAGACUGACCCAGUUCUCACAGAUGCCCGGCCCUCACCUCAGCCCGAUGCCACACCUUACCCGGGUGUCCGACCCCUGACGCCUACCCCACUAGGGGUCAUAGACCGGGAGCUCCAAGAGGCCUUCCAGGAAUGUGAAGAGCAAAUGGCCUCAUUGGGGAUUCUUACUCCCACAGAGAACCACAGCAACAGACACGACAUGGUUCAUAAUGUAGGGAAGAAAACUGGGGAUGUGAUGGUUAACAAGCCCAGUGAGUCAUUGUCACUGCCUCCAGUCGUAGUCCAGCCAGGACAUAGCAACGGGGGCCAUGGAAACAAGAGUACACACGGAAAGAGUGAGGCAGCAAACAGUCAGAAGGAUACAGUUGUGUUUAGUUUCAGGAAUUACAUACUGGGAAAUGAAAAUAGUGCCAGAGCAACAGAGAGUGAAAUAAAAGCAACACAGAGUCCGGAUGAAUGUCCAGAGAAGAAGCCAGGGACAGAGACAGAUGAACAGAAGGAAACACCCAUGCAUACAGAAUUAGAAACUGCCACAAAGACAGUUUCACCUACAGAAACCUCAAAAGAUGCUGCGUUCACCAAACACAAACACAGUCUAAGAGAGGAACAUGUUGAAUCUCAGGCAGCCUCUGGGGAAAAUGGCAGACUAGAUUGUAAUACAGUUAUUAGAGAUAAAGGCGGAGAGGCAAUAACAGAGACGGCAGACAUAAAGAGAGAAAAUUAUAGUGAUGAGUGCAGUAUUAAUGUUUGCAUAGCUGAAACUGAAAAGAAAGGUGAUUCAGUUAAUGAAGUAUCAGGGUGUAAUAAUGUUCAGUUAAAGGAUAAAGAUGCAUUAUCAGAGCCGCAGUCAGGAGCACAGGCAGAAACCGGCAAACACACUGAGGAGAAUCAGUCAAAAACAGACAAAGAGAUGAAUUCAGCAAGUGACAGACAGGCCGGGCAGGACAAAGAGGCAAAGAGGAAAGAAAAAAAGAAACAAAGGAAAAAGAAAAAGAUGGAGAGGAAGGCAGAGGCUGAACAGAGAGCGAAGACAGUGGUACAGUCUGAAAGUGAUUUACAGGCUGAGUCACUCAUAAAUGCAGGCAUUCACGCAGACUCAGAGGCAAAUGUACAAUCAGCGUCACAGGCAGACAAUCAUGCUGUGAUUUGUGGGGAACAGCCUGAUAAUGGGUUCGAUUACAAGCGACAGCUGAGUCCCGCGGGAAAGCCCAGCUCCAGCCCCCCGCUAUCAUCCUCUCAGAGCGGGCAGGAUCAUCUUACUGCCUCUGCCUGUUCACCUGCGUCCAGCCAGACUCCUACGCAGGGGGCUCAUCAGUCAGAUAACCACAACCAUACAGAUGCCCCAUGUGGCACGAAUGAGCGGAAGCAACAAGCAACCGGAGAUGUCAUCAAUAACCAAAAUACACCCAUGACAUAUGUUCAAACUGCAGUUAUCAAUCCACUUGCUUGUGGUGAUCAGAGAUCAGAUGCACAAACACAGGAGGCUAUAGUUACCACAGAGGCAGAGAUAAGCACACAGGAGAAUCGGAGCCCACUCACCAACAGCCAAACUUGUGUGGGAGAGAGUUGCGUGGAGAGUGCCCUUGAAGAGGCUUUAGUGGUGGUUGCUGUGUUGCCACUGACAACACCCACGAUGCCAGAAGUGAUAGAAAGCAACGGAGAGGGAGAAAGCGUGAGGUGUGAUUCACUGAAGAGAGUAGCUACUGUAGAAACUGAAGAGAGCGAGGAAGCAGCAGGGGAGAAGGGAUUGGGAGGAAUAGACAAGUGCCUCGGCUCUGCAGACAGAGGGAGAGAAGGACUCCUGGACAGCCCUCCUCAGCUCUCAUUAAUCUGUUCACAGGGAAAAUGCUCACUUGCAUUCUCAGCCAAAGAGGGACAGGCUGCGUCUGAGAAAAGCUGCAGCAGCAAAAUGCCACACAACUCGGCUGAGACUGAAAUGAAGGGACAGAGAGAAACAAGCGUUCACAGUACAAACGCAGAGAUCUCACCAGCUGAGGAGGGAGACAGAGAAAAGGAACCACUCCGGUUAGAAGCUUACAUCAAUACUUCUCCCCUUGGGCUACUCACUGGUCCAGAUUGUCAGGCUCAUAGUGCUGUGGGAUUGGAGGGAGCCGGAGAGGGAGGAGGAGGAGGAGGAGGAGGAGGAGGAGGAGAGGAGGUGGGAGAGAAAGGAAGGCUGGCUACAGAACACAGUUCAUUCAGCCAGCCAGAAGGCUCUGUUAGCGGGGUGUCAUCAGCUGAGACUGAGACGUGUCCGCCCACCGAUGUUGCCGAGUCACAGCUGAAGUCACAGAGCUGGAGUGAGCCGACUGCUACCAUCACUGAGAGCAUCUGCACUGAACAGGACCGUCUCUCUCACCCCUGCCAGGAGCAGCAUGGCGCAGCAAUUUCACCUCUCCCCACUCACCCUGAGCAGAGCUCCAGCAAUACAAAUGGAGGGGUAAGGGCUGAUCUCAAACAGAAUUUGAUUGCAGAGGAGGCACUGUCUCUGGUACACGCUUGCGAGGAGUCAUCUAUCACAGAGACGGAGAGAAACUACGGCCAAGUCUUGCAGUCUUUAAUCAAACCGCAGCCUUUGACUACUUCGCAACAAAUCCCAGUCGAGCGACAAGCGAGCAACAAUCAACAGGUCCAGCCUGAAAGUAGCACAACAGAAGCCAGGACAGCCGCAAGUGCAGCUGAGAUCCAAGUCCAAGCUAAGGCCCAGAGCAACAGUGGUAGCCCUACUAUGUCUGGAGUGGGUGUGUAUGUACGUGCCAGCAGUGGAGGCAGCAACAGAGUUCACUUUGCAGACACUGUGAAACAAGAGGGCAGUUCCUCUGUGGAUCUCAGGAACAGGUCAGUGUCGGCCAUGGACUGCGCCUCUUUGCCUCCGCUGAUCGUACAUGAGAGUUUGCAUUAUCCUGUUGUUGAGGCCAGCUUCAUCUUCCCGGACUUCCUCGGCUCAAAGAAGCUAGGAAUCCUCACAAAUUCAGCUUCUACCAAGGAUGAACCAGCGAAACAGAGCCCAGCUGACUUUCCAAAACCACAGAAAGAUGUCCAGGUGGAUAGAGGUUUGGAGACUAAGGACACCAAGGAGAACUUUGCCAUAGAUGAGUCAGGUAAUGACAAGUUGGUGACAAACGCUGUGGAUUUGCAGCUGGUGAGCGAGGCCUGCACGAACCAGCUUCCCUGUCCCACAGAGAAGAAUGAGACUGGUAACAAAGAAUGUUUUGACCUUUUACAAACAUCAGGAAGUGCCAUUUCUGAGGCUGAUCGCGCCACAGUUGAACAGGUUGAGCAGGUGAUAAAGCAAGAAGAGGCAGAAACAGAGAAGGCUCCCAUAAAUGUAUAUUUGGCAAAGGAGGAAGAACUAAAUAAGAUCCAUGCUGAGUCUACAGACUCGGUCAAGUGUGACCAGCCUCAGGAGUCACCUUUAAUAAGUGUCGUUCCUGAAGAAAAAGAAGGUAACCAACAUCCUCUGUCUUCAUCCUCUGUGCCUCCAGCUGAUCAUGUCACCUGCGAGCCUUUAAGUGAUGUCACUGAGUUGCCUGUUGGGCAGCUCUCUGCUGACCUUGACCCCAGUUCAAAACCUGAAACUGUCAACUUGACCCGUACAGCCUCUCUUCAGACAAAGCCUAGUGACCCCGGUUUUCAGCCUCCCACCCAAUCAGAUCAAACGCUUCCUUGUGGAUUAGUUAUCACAGAUCCCAUGAAAGAUAGUGAAGAGCCUGGGUCCACAAUUCACUCUGCUGAUCAGACAGAGGAUGAAUCAGUGACUUCAGAAGUGACAGCCUCUGACCAGUCGAUUCCUGUUAUCGAGCAAUUUGCCAGUAAUCCUACUUUUGUACUGCAGCUUCCUGGACCAAUGUUGAGUCACUUGGAGUUCAUUACUGACUCUGAUAUCUCCCCUCCUGAGCAGACAGAUAAGCGCUGUGCUGAUAGUGAUGGCACCAAAGGCUCCGGAGAGCUGGAUGGCAACAAGAGCAGGGAAAUGACUCAAGUGUUUUCAGCACAGGAUCUGGAGCACAUUGAUGUCAGCGUUAAAGCAGACAAGACCGAUCCAAAACGGGAGGAAAGAAAUUAUGCUAAAGAGUCUGUCAUUGAGCUCGAGAAAUCUGCGAAUAAGAAUGAAAAUAUUACAUUUUUACAAGAGGAAAAUCUGUCUCCUCCAAUUCAGCCUCCUGCUGCGGUGGGUUCACUGGCAAAGGAUGAAUCCGAUGAUGCAAUUUCCCUAUCUCAAACAGAGCCAGACUCUAUUACCAUUAAACCUGUUAUUUGUGAAGCAUCCAUUAGGGAUGGCCUCAUAAAUGUUAGCUGCCCAGUUAGUUCUGACCUGACUAGCAAUGAGGCUUAUGAUGAAAUCAAAAAAGACAAUAUGACAGAGAAACACAAAACAGAAGAUGAGACCUGCAUGCAGUUUGAAGAGGAUAAGGAACAAGGUGGAGAGGCAACAGUGGAUAAUGAAAAGAAAACAGCAAUCAGCAGCAAGCUGCAGAAAGGAGAGACAGGCACAACACUACAACAGAGUAAUGGGCCAGAUAAAGUGGCCGUAGGGGAAAUUGGAGACCAAUCGCAGCCACCACACAAACAUAAAGUACAAAAGAGUGAAUCACCAACAAGGGAUAUAAAGGAGGAAGGAGAGAGGAAGAGUGAGAUUGCAUCUAAAAGUGAGACAGAGACUUCCUCCUUAUCUCCCGACAGACCUGCCGGGUCAUCUGAGGACAUGCUACGCACUGAGUCUGGUACUGAACCUCAGACUGUUUAUAAUCAGAGUUUGAGCCAAACUUCGACAGCAACAUUGGAACGCAGCUCUGACAGCAACACGGCACAAGAUUUGAGUGCAGCUCUCAGCCAAUCGCUGUCCACACCGGAUCCAAACUGUUUUGCUCAGCAACAGGAGCAACAGCAGCAACAGCAGCAGCGUCUGGGAUCCAGACAUCCCACAGAGGAACUGUCAGGUGGUUGUCUAGAGGGGGUAGAAAAGACCAAAGCACUGGUUCCAGGGGUAAAAGGGGUAGCAGAGGAAGGAGACGGCUCCGUUGGGAGUUUGUGUCAGUCAGCAAGCAGGGAUGAGUUGACAUGUGAUGACAGUGGAGGCAGUGAACGAGUGAUAGGUCUGGAGAGAGGAGAGGGAGAGGGAGCACGAGCUGUGAAAGGGGCUGACGGGGUUUAUGUGCCGUUUCACUGUGGCACUGAUUUAAAUGAGAGUGGAAAGGCUGCUGAGAAAAAUGCCUCCACUGACAUAGUAACAGCUAGCUCUCAUGUAGGUGAGACUGGACAGGCGAUGGAUGAGAAUAAAAGCCCCAGGUUAGGGUUUGACGGUUCAGAUGCAGAUUUAAUGCCAGGCACUGAGUUUGCGAGUGAUCUAGGUGGUAAAGGUCAGCAAAAAAGCAAUCUGUCAGCUGCACGUCAAGACCAACGUGGACAGCAGGAGACGUCAGCGAACACUGCUGCAUCUGUUGAGUCGGCAUCACAGGAGCAUGAGACUUCACCCUCCCAAAUCUCUGUUUCAUCAAAGGUCAGCACAGAUAGUCAUGACAUUCAUACAGAAGUUGUUCCAAGUGCAAACCAGGCUGAAAAAAUCCAUACAGAAAGAAUCAGUACCCUGCCAGAUCACAUUGGGCAAGCAGACACUGUGGAAAAGGAUUUCAGUGCUGCCAUGGCUGUGAAAAGCAACAGUAGUGAAACUGAGGAGUGUGAAAUUCUGGAUACAGUGUGCGAGCCUCUUGAGCUACAAAUCCCCAAUAAAACCUCAGCCACACAAAGCGGCCCAGCAGUUCAUACAGCCAUAAAAGGCUCUGAUGUAGAGGAGAUCACAAGGGAAGAUAAAGCAGCUUUAGACCAAGAGAAAGCUAGCAGCCAGGGGAAGGGACAAAGUGAGAUAAAAGCGAUAAACAGUGAAGCAACAGAAAAGCAGGGGGUUGAAAAUCAAACUCUCAGUGGUAAAGACAGUGAAAGCGUUGUGUCACACAGCAGCACUGAGCCGACAGUUGCUCUGUUCAAGGCAACAGACAAUGACAGUGAUGUAACAGAUAGAACAACUCCUGAUGUUAUCACAGUCCCAGCAGUCGUUUCCUCUACGUUCCCUGAAGAUUCAGCAUCGCUAGAGAAGCCACAUGAUGAGGCGUCGUUGUCACAGCCCCUAGAUGUUAUUGUGGUAAACCCCAUUGUUGCUGCUUCCCAGUGUGAAGGGAAACCACUUGAUGAAGCUCCUGCCUGCGUCACAGAGAGUCCUGCUCCUGGACUAACAGAACCAGAACCACAUACAAACUGGAUAAAAGCUCUAAAAGAAGCUGCGUCCCAUUCGCAGCGUGAUCAAGUGCAGGCAGUGGAGACCUUAAGAGCCUUCCCCUCUCUGGAGUCUCCUCAGCUAGAGUUUCAUACUCCGACUGAGGAGAUAGCUGCUCCUCUGACACAGGAGGAGAUCCCACCAGUGGAGCAGGCAGCAGAGAAGACAACAGAGAUCCCAACUCUAAAUCUUCUGAAAAAGCCAGUGGAUCUUCCUGAACCUUUAAAGAAGUCAGCAGACCUCCCAGAACCAAAGCAGCAGGCGGUAGAGCUUUCCGAACCAACACAGAGCACAAAGGAAGAGCUCUCAGAACCAACCAAGGAAGAGGAAGAGUCUCCAGGAGAACUCCCAGAACCCAAAGGGGAGCCGGUAACUUCUCCAGAGAUAGUAGAGGAGCCAGCUGAGCUCCUAGAUGCAGCAAAAAGCACAGAAGAGCUCCAAGAAGCGCCGAAACAUGAAGAACCAGAACCAACAAAGGUGACAACUGAGCCCCUAGAACCAGCGAAGAAGCUGAUCAGUGAGGAGCUGCCGGAAAAACCUGCAGAGACCACACCUGAGGAGCCGUUUAAAGAGCCAGCUGAAGAAUUAGUCCAGGAUCCUGCUGAGGAGCUACAGGACAGCAGGCCCCUCCUCGCUGAGCAGGCACAGAGAGGUGACCGUCCCCCUGCCUCUCCCCUACCUCCUACUUCCGAACACCAUCUCCUGCCUGCCCCCAUUCCUCACCUCCACGAGAGCGUCGAGUUCCCCACUCCUCCUCCCACACCCCCGGAGAGGCACGCACCUGAAGUUCUACCAACCCCACCUGCAUCCCCACCCCUUCCUCCACCUCCUCCAGCCCCUACCUCCCCUCCUGCACCUCCUGCUAACCACUGUGAGGACCCCUGCCCUGCUUCUGCACCCCGUCACCCUGCCUUAAGGAGCUCAGACUCUGAUGGAGCGUUUGAGACCCCUGAAUCUACAACUCCAGUGAAGGCUGUUUCUCCUACAGAUCCCCAGAUCCAGCAACUGACGUCUGAAGACACAGGUACAGUAAGAAUAGCAGACAUCUCAGUCAGUGAUCCUGCCUCUGAUUCGACUUCAACUGAUCCACCACGCCAUUCUCCGUCCGGUACUUUUGAUGAAAACAAGCCCAUUGCAGCCAGUGGUACAUACAACAUUGAGCUUUUUGCUCCAGAUUCAGCGAGUCACACACUGACUCGUUCCCUCAGCCUCCAGGGAGGAGAACUAGACAGUUCCGGUCUAUUAGACGGAUCCACAACAGGAGGUUUCCGACCACAUUCUGAAUCCUUCAGCGUAGGCACUGAGAGUGCCCCAGGCACACUCCACAGGCCCAAGAAAGUCCGUCCAGGGUCUCUGAAGAAGAAACCUCUUCUCAGACAGAACUCCAACCCAGAGAGUCCAAGGCCAGCCUCAUCCAGCAGCACCCCGGAGAUCAAGAAGCGGGCAAAGCCUCGAACUGGCAGUCCUCUCCAGGCUCAGGAGGAAGCAGAAGCAGGAUCUGCAACCCCGAGCCCUGGAGGAACUCUCCGAAGGACCCGGAAGAGCCGUGUCGAAACUCCACCUCCUCUCCCAGAGGAAACCAAUCAUACCUGCCAAGAGGAGAGCCUUGUUAUCGCUGCUUUACCCUUGUGCCACGAGGAGACACCUCUCCCUGGUAGUCCAACUGGCAAAGACGAAUCCCCCAUCCCUCCUAGUGCCUCCUACAAAUGGGAUCCAGAUAAUUUUGAGAAUAUCGACCCUUUCAAAACUGGAGGUAGUAAAAUUGCCAACUCCCCUGUUCUGGGUCGUAAAGAUCCUGUAUGCGACCCCAUUGCUACCCCCAUAGAGAGUACACCGGUCCCUGCUGUGGAACCAAGUCACCCCAGUCCUACAGCUCCUCUUGAUGAGCCAAUCACAGACCCUGAAGAGCAACCGAUCAUCCCCAAGCGUCAGUCAGUAAGGCUGGAGUUUGACUACUCUGAGGAGAGCAGCGAGGCAUCACACCAGGCCUCUCCCCCACCCAAGAAAGUGGGCAAGAAGCCCGGUGCCAAGAUGCCUCUGAGGAAACCAAAGCUGGGGCUGAAGAAGGCCCCUCCAGCGCAGACGCAGCAGCUGGACAAUGACCCUCCAGCAACCCAUAAUGGCAACGAGGAUGAAAUCCCUGUUCCUAAAGUAAACUACAACUUUGAAGCAGACAAGUGGGAUGAUCCAAAUUUCAACCCAUUUACUUCUAAGAAAACAAUGGCCAGCUCCCCUAAACUGUCCAGGCCGUCUUAUAGCUUUGACCCCAAUAACUUUGAUGACUCCAUAGACCCUUUCAAGUCCUCCAAUAAGAUGGCCAAUUCUCCUCCUAAGGCCUCUGCCUCCUUUGAUCUGUCAUCUAAUGACUAUGACAAUGACAAUGACAAUGACAACAUCGGGGAACUGGAGGACCAAAAUCAGAACAAACCUGCCAAGAAGAAGAAAACACCUAUCAAAUCGAAGUCCAGGGGUGUGUCCUCUCUUUGUUGUCUGUUUAAUACUUUCAGAGUGAAGAGGUCGCCAAAGAAAUCACCAUUGUCUGACCCAUCCCAGGAUCCUACACCUGCAGAUGAACCUCCCUCCCUCCACCCACAGGAUGACCACGCCACAGACGAGGAGAAGCUGGCCUCCUCCACCAGUCAUAAGUGGGCAGCUCUGCACGACACUGAUGCAGAUUUAAACUCUGACCAACAAGAAUUCCCUCAGCCAUGUGACCUGACGUCCUUCGUCAAUGAGAACAGUCUUCCUCAUCAGACUUUAGUGCAAGACUAUGAAAUUGAGUACAUGGAGAAGAUUGGCUCCUCUUCACCUCCACUGUCUGUGAAGAAGCCGUCUUUGUAUCUGAAGCUGGAUUCAGUAUCUGACAGUUUAACCAAGAAUUCGUGUGCACAUGGAUCUGAGCCCAGCUCCCCCUGCACAGGGAGUUUCGAGGAGAUGGAGGCCCAGAUAACUGCAGGUAUGAAGACACCAGUGCUGAGCUCUCGGCCUGGUCCUGAGGGCUCAGCUGGGGACAAGGGCAGGAAGAGAGAAAGCGAGUCACUCAGCCGAACACAGAGCACAGAGAGGGACGAGCAGUCCCCUAGCCAGGGCCCCAUGGAGGCCCCUGCUCCUGCCCUGGCCAUGCCCCUGUUAGACAGGCUGUCUGAGUGUGAUGACCCCCUGCAGUACCUGGAGCCUGACCUGGCUGAGACCAACCCCACCGCAUUCGCCCAAAAACUACAGGAGGAGCUGGUACUUGCCGCCCUGAGGAUAGAGGCUCUGCAGGUAGCCAAAAACAUCUCUCAGUGCCCCUCCCUCUCCACUGUAACCCCCCAGCACAGAGACCUGUCAUCUCCAGUAGAGAGUGCUGUGUCCAAGAGCUCCUUGUACGCCAGGACCACCACCACCAACACCAGCUACAUCGAAGGGGAGAGUCCCCACCUGCCCAGGGAUCUGGACCACUCGUUGGGAAUUGCACGAGAAGAGAUUGUUUCAAAGGAGAAAGAGGUGCUGGAGUGGCAGAGGAAGUAUGAAGACAGCCGACAGGAAGUGGUGGAGAUGAGGAGAAUUGUUGCUGAGUAUGAGAAGACAAUUGCACAGAUGAUAGAGGAUGACCAGAAAGAGAAGUCUCUCUCUCACCACACCAUCCAGCAGCUGAUCAUGGAGAAGGACCAGGCCUUGGCUGACCUCAACUCCGUGGAAAAGUCUCUGGCCGACCUCUUCCGACGUUACGAGAAGAUGAAAGAUGUGCUGGAGGGCUUCCGCAAGAAUGAAGAGGUGCUGAAGAAGUGCGCUCAGGAGUAUCUGUCGAGAGUCCAUAAGGAGGAACAGCGCUACCAAGCCCUGAAGAUUCAUGCAGAGGAGAAACUAGACAAGGCCAAUGCAGAAAUAGCUCAGGUGCGAGCGAAGGCCAGGCAGGAGCAGGCCGCCUACCAGGCCAGUCUGAGGAAGGAGCAGAUGAAAGUGGACUCUCUGGAGCGCACUUUGGAGCAAAAGAACAAAGAGAUCGAGGAGUUGACAAAGAUCUGUGAUGAGCUGAUCGCCAAGAUGGGGAGGAGUUAGCGGCCACGCCACACCCAGGCCAAAUCUGAAAGAAAAGAUUUUGUGUUUAUAGAAGAACUACUUGGAAAAUGAAGCAGAUCAGUAAUAUUUAUCACUCUUUCAAGGACUGACGGACAUCUGAGGCCAAAGUGGCCUUGGGACUAUAUUUCCUACUGACUUUGUGUAUACAGGAUCCACAGGAAUGGCUUCCUCUUAAUCACUCUGUACAUUUUUGAUGUGUCAGUGUAUCGUACUGUAUCGGGGGGGUCUGGUUUAAAGUUUUAGAGAAUUUACCAUAUCACUAAUGAGUGUGUCUGUGUGUGUGUGUGUGUGUGUGUGUGGGUGUGUGUAUGAUAAUGAGAAAGUGAGCGCAUUGUUAAAUUAUCUAUAAUGUUUUUGCCAUGACAGCCAUUGAGGGAGAAGACUGUUUAACCACUCCUGUUGUUGUCUCCUCUUUAUACAAGAGAAUGAUAGACUUUGAAAAAGAGAACCAGAGAGUUAGAUUCAUUCAUGAAAUGUUGAUACACCACUAAGAGAACACAAACUUAUCACAAUAGCUUACUGCAUGUGAGAGAGAGAGAAAAGUUGUAAUGUUAAUGUUUGUAUAUACUGUAGGAAACUCCAAGUAUCUGCAUUUUUGAUAGUUAUUCCGUCAUCCUCAGUCCGCUUCCCUCAUGUAACCUUGUAGAUAUUUGUCAUACUUGUCAUAGCUUUCUCGAUGAAAUCGUGGGACUUUAUUUUUUGGAUUUUAUUUUGAUAUAAAGCAAACUAAUCGUGACUGUAUUCAGUUGUGACUAGGAGUAAUUUCAUUUUGGAUGGAUAUGUCCUGGUCCUGCUAUGGUCGUUGUGUCACACUGAGGAAUAACUUCUCUGCACAGCUACUGUACAGCAUCUGCUUACAAAGUGCAAUAAAAGAUGGCAAUACAGCA